GCUUAGGGACCGCCCACUCCUCCCUCUGCCCCAAACCAGGAUGCCGCCUGUCGUGGCCGUUGAAAUGUCUGAUCUCGCGAGAUGAUGCCGGAGCGAACAGUGGCGACGAGAUUUGCAGGGUUGAGUUGGUAUUUGUGUUGAAGGAGGAGAAAAAAAGGGAGUAAAAAAUAAAUAAAAAGAUUAGGGAGAGGGGAAUAAUUAAAAAUAACAAGGGGGGGGACACAAAGUGGGGACUCAUGAUGGCAUCGGGCGACACGCUCUAUAUAGCUUCUGAUGGCUCGGAAAUGCCUGCAGAGAUAGUGGAGCUGCACGAGAUAGAAGUGGAAUCUAUCCCGGUGGAGACUAUCGAGACAACGGUUGUUGGGGACGAUGACGACGAUGAGGAUGACGACGAUGACCACCAUCACCACCACCAGCCCAUGAUCGCCCUUCAGCCUCUGGACUCUGAUGACCCAACCCACGUUCACCACCAUCAGGAGGUGAUCUUAGUGCAGACCCGGGAGGAGGUGGUCGGUGGGGAUGAUUCGGACUUAAGAGCAGAUGAUGGAUAUGAGGACCAAAUCCUUAUCCCUGUACCGGCUCCGUCCGGGGAAGAGGAAUAUAUCGAACAGACUCUGGUUACAGUGGCGGGGAAAAGCUCUUCCUCGGGAGGGCGGAUGAAGAAAGGAGGUAGCGGCAAGAAAAGUAGCAAAAAGAGCUAUUUGAGCGGCCUGGAACCGAGCGGGAGGAAAUGGGAACAGAAGCAGGUGCAGAUCAAGACCCUGGAGGGAGAGUUUUCAGUCACGAUGUGGGCUUCAGAUGAUAAAAAGGACAUUGACCAUGAAACUGUGGUGGAAGAGCAGAUUAUUGGAGAGAACUCUCCCCCAGAUUAUUCGGAAUACAUGACUGGAAAGAAGCUGCCCCCAGGAGGAAUACCAGGCAUUGACUUGUCUGAUCCCAAGCAGCUGGCCGAGUUUGCAAGAAUGAAACCGAGAAAAAUCAAAGAAGAUGAUGCACCAAGGACGAUUGCUUGUCCUCACAAAGGAUGUACAAAAAUGUUCAGGGAUAAUUCUGCAAUGAGGAAACAUUUACACACGCACGGCCCAAGAGUACAUGUUUGUGCAGAAUGCGGGAAAGCCUUUGUAGAAAGCUCGAAGCUGAAGAGACAUCAAUUGGUUCACACUGGCGAGAAACCAUUUCAGUGCACAUUUGAAGGAUGUGGAAAGCGCUUCUCAUUGGACUUCAAUUUGCGCACUCAUGUGCGAAUCCACACCGGAGACCGGCCCUAUGUGUGCCCUUUUGAUGGCUGUAACAAGAAGUUUGCUCAGUCAACCAACCUUAAAUCUCACAUUUUAACACAUGCUAAAGCCAAAAAUAACCAGUGAAACUCCACAAACGGAAAGACGUCUUAUCCUACAAAUCAUCUUUACAGGUGUAUGAUAAAUAUACGCCUCUCCUUUGUGUAUGGUUUCCAGGGAUGAAUUUUAAAAAGAAACAUACUCAACUAAAAGACUAUUUUGAUAAUGUACUGUAAUACUUAUAUUAAGAAAAAAAUAGAAAGGAAAAAAAAACAACUUUACUAUUACAGUGCUUAAGAUGCCCUGUUGCCCCCUGUUAUCCUGUUUUCUUAAGUGUUUUUGUAAAGUGUUCCUGUACCCAGCUUACCUAUCCCAACAGGAGAAGGAUGUCGCAUUUGCAUCAGGACUUUCUACAAUAUAAUAGUAAAAAACAAAUUGGACUUUUCACAAUUAUAAAUGGACGCUCACCUGUUGCUAAAUUUUAUUUUAUUUUUUUUUGUCUUGUUUUUUUUGUAUUUUCCAAGUGUGCAUAUUGUACACUUGUUGGGGAUAUGCUUAGUUAUGCUACGUGAUUUAUUCUGGAGGUUAAUAACUUUGCUUGCAGUAGAUUUUCUUUAAAAGAAUUGGCAGUUACUGUACUAAAUACAUACUUCAAAAGUAUUUUCUUGUAAAAAAAAAAAAAAAAAAGAAAACUUUAUAUAGGUUUUGUUUCCAAUCUUUAUUUUUGUUGUAUUUUUAGAUGUUUACACAUUUUGUAUAAUUGUAUCGUAUAGUUGUAUUGGAAUCAUGUAGCACCAAAUAUUAGGUGUGAUUUAAGCUUAGUGUUAAUACAUUAAAUUCAUUUUAGUCACUUCAUUUUGGGGGCAAACUGCCAGAUCUGGAUAUUUGUUGUAAUUUCUCUUUACCAGUUCAGUUAUAGAAAUUGGUGCUCAAAGUUGUAGAAUGUAUUUUAUAGGCACUGGCCUUCCAUGAACUGGACUAUACAUCCUAAACCUGAAAAAGGUAAAUUUAAAACGCAGACCCCGAAAAGUGAACUUAGAAAAUCUGUACAAGCACGGAGUAAUUUAAUUUGCUGUCCUAAACCACAUUUCUUCAACCUCCCAGAAAUGUAAUCAAAUGUAUUUGACUAUUCCUCACUGCAAACUUCUACUCAGAUAAGGUUUAUGGGAUGGGAUGAUUUAAAAAAUGAUUCUUUAGUUACUAGUUAUCUGAGUGGUUGUGUAGUCAAAAAAAAACUAAGCUUUUAAAAUACCCAUAUAUUUUUUUUGAGUUUUGUUAAUUAUUAAAUUUGCAAAUGUAAAGUAUCCCAAAAGAACAUAUUUUGUCAAUUGUAUAUUAUUACACAGAUCACAUUUUUCUCUUACACUACUGUAGCGUUUAAUGUAAGUUUAUAAACCAGAUUAAUGUGCCCUGAGAAACAGCAUUUCAACCUACUAUAUAUGGAUUAGGGUAUGUGUGCAAUCUGUUACUUUGCUGACUUUUAGACAGUGAGCUAUCGUGUGUGUGGUACCUGUCAAAGGCUGAUCAGACGUGGAAUUACCUUUAAACUAGGCAAAAUUCUAAAGAAAGGAACUGCUUGUAGUUUGACUGAUAAGCAUGUGAUUCAUCCCUCUUUCACAUCUGUUUUAUGCAAAAUUAUGCUAUGUUUUUUUCAGAGUGCUUUGUAUCUGGUAUGGCAAUUAACUUGAUACAUAUUCUGUAUACCCAAAAAGUAGUUAUCAAAAAUAUUGGUCAUGAAAUUUUCUUACCUGUGUUCCACCAAACACUGGGCUUUUAUUUUAAUUUUAUUUUUGUUGUUGAUAUUUUAAUACUGUAAAUACAUCUAUUUCCCAAUAUGAA